AUGGCGGCGGCAGAAGAGAAGAAUACGAAACCAGGCAAGAAAUACGACCACUUAUUCAAGCUAGUCUUGGUGGGGGACUACGACGUGGGGAAACAGGAGCUGAUAAAGCGGUUUGUGGAUGGAUACUUCCAAGGAAAGUACGUGACAAAUGUAGCGGUGGACUUGCGAGUCAAGACGGUCGAGGUGGACGGAAAGCGGAUAAAGCUACAGCUCUGGGACACUGUGGGCAACGAGCGAUUUCGUAGCCUCACGAGCGCAUACUUCAGGGGAGCACACGGCGUAUUGCUGGUCUACGACGUGGGGAAUGCAAAAUCAUUCGGGAGCGUUGGCGAUUGGCACAAACAGGUGGAGCAGUUCGGGUCUCCAGACGUUAACAGAGUACUGGUUGCAAACAGAUGUCACCAGGGAGAGAGGGAGGUGUCUCAAGUAGCGGGAGAGGAGAUGGCGAGAGAGAUGGGCUACAAGUUCUUUGAAGUUAGUGCCAAGACAGGACAGAACGUCCAGGAAGUGUUUAGUACAAUUUCAAGUGAUAUCAAACUCCGUAUUGACAGCAAGCCCCCUGAAAAUUAUGAAGGGAGCAUCUCAUUAACAGAGAAGAGGUGUCCUUCACAUUCAGGUGGGGCAGAUGGAAGUUGCUGUGUCUAG